AGCAGGAAAUCAAACCAAUGCAAGUAAAGUGCAACUGCAAAUCAAAUCGCAAACAUUUGACUUAACUUUGUCUUGGUGGUGACUAACAUAGGUUAUCUAUCAAGAAGAUAAACUCUUUGUCCAAGUUAGGUCCACUUAGUAAAAAUGUGGUAGGUAAUAAAACAAUAUUAAUAUGGAGGUACAACCAGAUGAACCUAAUAACGCUGUUGACAAUGAACAGCAUACCAAGGCCCAAGAGUUUAAAACCUCAGGAAAUGAAAAAUACAACAAAAAUAAUUUCAAGGGAGCAAUAGCGGAUUAUCAAAAAGGUUUGAUGCAUGAGCCAAAUAACCCAGAGCUUCAUGCUAAUUUAUCUGCAGCUUAUAUCAAACUUGAAAAGUAUAUUGAGGCUGAAGAACAUGCAAUAUUUACAAUUCAUUUGAGACCAAAUUUUUACAAGGGCUACAUGAGAGCCGCCAAAGCUGAUCAUGGCAAAGGUAUGACUAGACUGGCUCUCAAACGUCUCAGUCAAGGCCUCUCUAACGUCGUAGAUCCCAACGGUCUCAAGGAACUAAACAGGCUGAAAAAUCAGUACACUGCGUACUUAUCAUUACAAAGCAACAGCGAGAGAGAGAUGGAGUUUGAUUCAGAUACGUACCAGAGUGAAGAUGAGGAAGAUGAGGGACUAUCAACAGAUGAGGACAGUGGAGAUGACCAGCCACUACCAGCCAUUAAUGGUCUUGAGCCUCCUAAGUCUCAGAUACUUCCCCCAGUUCAACCAGCCGUCUCCAGCCUCAAGCCACUUCCCUCCUCAUAUACUCCUGAAACGCCAGUUCAACCUUCUCCACUUCCUGUACCCGUACUUUCAGAGGAUGUGCCUGGUAAGCAUGAGACUGACAAGACCACUGCUGAUCCAUCUAAUGAUAAGUCUACUGCUGAUCCAUCAACUAAUAGGACUACUGCUGAUCCAUCAACUGAUAAGUCCACUACUGAUCCAUCAACUGAUAAGUCCACUACUGAUCCAUCAACUGAUAAGUCUACUGUUAACUCUCAAGAACAACCAGAGAAACAGGCUGAACCCAUAACAACAGAAGACAAAGUUGAUACAAGUGUAAGUUCUAAGGACUACAUGAGAGAUGCCAAAGCUGAUCAUGGAAAAUGGUUGAAAAGACAAGAAGGUCUCAAGGAACUGACCAGGCUGGGAAAUCAGUACUCUGCAUAUUUAUCAUCACAGAGCAACAGUGAGAAAGGGACAGAGUUAGAUCCAGAUAAAGAUGCACCCGGUAAUAAUUCUGAAGAUAAAUAUGAGCGUCCAAUAGACAGACUCAGGGAGUUAGCCCAAUCUUCGGAAUUGAAGAAAAGCAUUGCAGAUUUUAAGGAAAAUUUAAAAACAGGAGGUGAAGCCUACCUUGCAGGAAAUUACCGCAAAGCUGCGGACAACUAUAAGACAGCAUAUGAGCGUGUUGGAAAGCGAUAUUAUGAUUAUGAGACUGAUGAGAGACAAUGCAAUGUCAUCAGAUAUGCUUCGUAUGCUGCAAUGAUCAACUUGAAUACUUACGAUGACAUUGUUAAAAGUAUUCACGGUCUUAAUGAAAUGACCAUAUUUGCAUAUGACUUUCCAGCUAUAUAUAUUCAAAUAGCUCGAGCAUAUUAUAAACUUAACAGGUAUAAAUCUGCAUUAGAGCCAUUAGAAAAAGUACAAGCUAUAAUAGAUAACGUUCCAAUAUUUCCAACUUUUAUAUGGCCUGGAACAAAUGAUACUAUUGAAGAAACUACACCGAGUGGAUUGAAGAAUGCAAUCAAAGAACUGAACCAACUGUGUCGAGUGCCUCACAAGCCCACAGCUAUAUGUAGAUACAAUAAUUGCUUGAAGACCACUGCUCAUAUUGUGCCUUCGGAACUUAUUUAUUCCACGGAUCCAGAUUUUAUUGGCUAUGUACGAAUUAUGUGUGAAGAAAAAUGUCACAUUGAAUUCCACGUUCCUUGUUGGAAGUCUUACAAAGAAUCAGUCUGUGGAAUUGGCAAAAUAAAUGACAAGGAUUUUCUGGGUCGGCCAUGUCUUACAACAGACUGCAUCAACAGUGAAGGCAAUGGAUCCUCGAUCAUCAUCAGCAUUGAGAUAAUCGGUUCUGACGGACAAGUCAAGUCUGUCAACAAGCUUGACCCCAAAGCUAAUGCUGAACAAAAAGCUGCAGAAAAGAAAAUCAAGAAGAAGAAGAGUAAACUUGAUGAUAAAGAAAAUAAAGAAAAGGUUGUAAAGCCAAAAAAGCCCAAGGAAAAGAAAGUCAAAUCGAAAGAGAAAAAACCAUCCCAAGCUGUGCAGGAUGAUGGAAAUGAUGACGAUGAAGAUCUUGAAAAUGCAAAUAAUCAUAAUACCUUGGCUAAUCGUGUGAAAGAUAUGGGGAGCAGAAAGCAAAGUUGGUUAGAUUUGAGGCUGUGCAAUUUUGGGAAAGAUAACAAAAAUGAAUGGAAUCCCAAUAAACCAUUUUAUGGGAACCAUGAACAAGCGAUUAAUGCUGAACUUAAGAAGUUUCUGGAUCACACCAAUGAUCCAGCAGAAAUUAUAGCCAUAAAAGAUUAUUUCUUUUCGUAUUUUCUCGAUGUCUUGAAAAAUGAAGGUCCCCUCAAGUUGGAUGAUGUUGAAGAGCAUUGGAAAGAGCAAGGCGGUGACAUCAAAAAUCUUCUUCCAAACAUCACAAGUGUUUCUGACCUACUGCUGGAGUCCACUCGGUUUUGCCAGUUGGGGGAUCAUCUAUACUUGGCUGAUCAUCUGGACGAAGGAUUCGCCACUCGUGGAGAAGAGAUUGCAGACGUUGUCUCUUUCAUCAUGACUGCAGCCUCCACUGCCGAGACUGACUCUCAACAAACAGAUAGCACCAAGGAUCAAGAGGAUAUUGGUUCCUUUAGCGGGGAAGAUUCAGAUGACGAAAGUAGCAGCUGUGAAUUUGAUCAUAGUUCAGAUGACGGUACUGAUGAUGAGGACAUAGCAGAUCAAAACCUGCAUACCUCCUUACUGCCCCCUGCAACGGUGGAGGGACCUCUUCCUCCUCAGCCUGAUGAAAAUUUUUCUUUGGACGACAUCUUGGAAAAGUUUAAACGACUUAAAGAUGAACUUGUUCGAAGUCCAGAUGGUGAAGACGUUUGCCCUACCACCUCUAAAAUUGAUAUUAGCCAUGAGCAUGCUGAAGAAAAAGGCAAUGAAACAUUUGAGACGGCACACGGCAGCUCAGCUGAUAACUCUGCUGAGGAUAUGAAAAUGAGUCCUCCAGCAGAUAGUAGCACUUGCUUUACAUUCUUGGAACAUAGGGAGAAUGUUGGCAGUGGUAAAAUGGAACCAGAAACACCACUACCUAGUAGUGAGGACCAGACGGACCAGCAAGAGCCAGUUGUAGAAGUCACCAAGGCUCCUGAGGUACAAGAGACAUUUGAAAGUACAGAAUGUGACAAAGGCUCCCAAAGUGAGAUUGUAACUGAGGAAAGACACAUCCAAACUGCUCCUCUGGAAACAAAACAUAGAUUAUCUCAGACAAAAGAGUCUGACCUCUACAAAGAGUUGAACAAGAAAGUACAAGAGCUGUCUUCUCAGCUUGCUUUAGCCCACAAGGAUAAAGAAAGAUUGUCUCGAGAGCUUGUUUCCGAAAAGCAAAUAUUAAAAGCACAACAUGACACCAUUGCAAAGUUACAUGAAGAAAAUAAAAAGAAUAUAAACGAGGUUCGUGAGCAAGUGAAAUCAGAAUUACUUAAAAAAGACAAAGAAUAUAAGAAGAGAGAGGAGGAACAGGCAAAGAAAUUAAACAAUAUGAAAGAGAUGUACUCAAAUCUGUCGCAAGAAAAUAUUCAGCUCAAGAAAGAGAUAAGUGUGUUGUUAAAAGACACUACAGAUGUGAAAAAAUCCCUUACAGCUGCUCUAACUAAUAUGAAAGAGUUUGAAGGAAAUUAUAAGUCCCUAGAAAUGAAAAUGAAAUGUAGACUCCAAAAAGCGCAGCAGUCUCAAUUGAUGCUCGUCAAAACCUGCUGGGAAACACAGCUCAACUUACUUAAGAAGCGGUGUGUGGAGAGAAUAACAGAGAUGCAGGGUUGGUUCAGUGUUGUCGGCUCCUCAGGGGAAGUUGAGACUCUUCCGUCAUAUCCCCUCAUCCAACGGAACAUCAUGCAGUGGAUGGAAAUGGCUAAACAGCAGCAGCAGAUUGAGGCUGACUUCCAGGAAAAGUAUGCUGCUACAGCAAGAAAGAUUGAACAGGGUAUUGACAUGGAGGAUUUGAAACCUGACAUGUUGCCGAUGAUGCCCAAAGAGCCAGCUAUUCCACCUUUAGAAAAGAUUCACAAGGAAAUCACAGAAAAACUUCAGAAAACCAUCUCGGAUCUGACACAACUGGUGGCCAGCCAACAGCUUCAGAUUGAGAAGGGCAAGGAACAGGCUGAUCAACUGAGGCAGAUUAUGAUGACAUUUCAAACCACUCAGAUGGCACCCCCUCGUGCUCCUUCACAGCCAAUGACUACAACAUUCGGAGGCCUCGCUUUGCAAUACCCCUACCCAGGAGCAAUGAAUCCGCCUUUCCCCGGACCAACUGGUGUGCCUUCUGCUAAUCCAGAUUCAUCAUUUAUGGGCAACUCCUCAAAACUUCUGGAUGUUCACUCCCUGCUAAAAGAGAGUUCCAAUAUCUUAAAUUCAUCAUCUUCAGUUUCCAGUAUGUUGUCUCCUUCAUUGAAGGACGAGGCUAGUAUCCAGAUGCCCCCGCCGGGUGGAACCUACCACUAUCCUCCGCCUAUGGUGCCCCCGCCUACCAGGUCUCUACCACCAGCAGCUGCUGCCCCAGGAGGUCCCAUACACUCCAAACCUCCGCCACCUAUUAGUACACAAAGCAUGUUUAUACCCAGCCCUACUGUCCCCAGUUCUACUGUCCCCAGCACUACUGAAUUGAAAAAGGACAUAAAACCCCCAGAACAGAGAGGAGGUACACCAAAACCGGAGCAGAGAGUUGCGUCAUCUCGGGAGUCCACUCCUGUACGUACAGCACCUCCACUUGCACCUGCGCCAGCGCCUGCACCUGCACCUGCGCCUGUUCCGGAGAAAACAAAGAAGAAGAAAAAAACCAAGACUGGGGAGGCAGCUGCUGCAGAGGCCAGAGUGGCAGCAGCAGUCAGUCUAGAACAUCAGCCAGCUGUCUACACUGCAGCAGACGAUUCUACCAGGGACGAUGGCAAUGACUGGAAUGUUGUUUUGCCCAAGAGUGCUCUUCAAAAGCAUUCUGCCCAGCCCCCCGCACCUCUGAUAGAGAGGAUAGUGGAAGUGGACCAGUGGAUAAUAUUUACGCGAUAUCAAAGCAAUAAAAUAAACGAAGCAGACACCAUGUGGACAGAGGGUAAGAUGAAGAAUAAAAAGAAACUUUUGGACAAGCUUCAGGCUAGAUUCCCAACAAUUCAGCUCAAAGACAUAGAAGAUAUUGUUAAGCAAGUAAGAGAGCACAACAACGGAUCUCUGUCUGGUCUUCCAUUUGAUGAGAUUGAAACUAGAGUUGAAAGAUUAAUCACCAAGAGACAGAUGCAGAAAAACUCGACAAUGGGUCUUGUCAAGUUUUCCGAUAAGGCUUGGGGUUCGGUAAAACCGCAGGAAACCAAAUCAUGGUUAAACCUGCAACACGACGAAUGUACCAUAUGUCUCGAGCCUAUGGGGAUUGACCGCACUAAAGUUGAUUGCAGUCAUGAGUUUCACACAAAGUGCCUUCGUAUGUGGCUGAAGGAGAAAAGCGUUUGUCCUCUGUGCAACAAGUUUACCACAAUGCCAGAUGAAUUUCCCGCUCUUUGGUGAACUUGUUCUUAACAUUCUAUGAUUUACAAUUUGUUACACACAGCUUCCAUUAUUAUUAGAUAGUUAUUUUUUCAUGGGUACACAAUUUAUCAACUUCAACCAUCUUGAUCUUUCAGCUUAUGAUAUAUUACUGUUCAAUGAAUAUUGCUUUGUUACUCAGCUAUUUUAUUGCUGUAUUAUUAUUAUUUUGAAAAUGCUUAAUGUGUAAAGACUUAUGAGGUAUAAAGAUUAUUUAAUUGUAUAAAAUAAAGACAAUUGUUUUGAUUUUGA